AUGCAACGUUUUUUUACCGAAUUUUUUGCAAGUGACGAAGUUAUAAAUAGAAGUGCCAAUCAAAGGUCGCUUCAGUCACUGAUCAGCCAUUACCGGGAGAGAUCACGUUUGUUGAGACUUGUCGAUAAGGGUGAUAGUAGAACCGAUUACGUGAUGGACCGUAGAAAGUUUUAUAAAAAGGUAAUAUCUGAAUUCUCUCAGAUAUGUGGUAAACGUAAAUUAUCCUUCGAAGACGAAAUAGAAUCAAACCUUACACAGGAACAACAAUCUUCGGAAUUAACUUCAUUAUUGGAUAAUAAUCAACCCUUGAUAAGCAUUGAAAAUAUGGGUGAUCAUGUUUCAUCUAGAAUAUUUUAUAAAAAUCAUGAGUCAAUAAGUAAAUCAGUUGACACUGUUGCAGAGUUUCAGCGAACUAUUGAUAGCAAUCUAAUUGAUAGCAAUAUAAUAACAAACACAAUGGAAAAUUUAGUCGCCAAAGAUGCUGCUUCUGAUCCUAUUAAUAUUAAGCAAAAUACACAACGAUCCAAACGACCCAGACUUAACAAAAAGACAUAUUGUGAAUUUAUCUCCGAUAAUGAAGACCCGUUUUUUACUGAUGGUUCUAGUUCGUGGAGUGAUACAGGUAACACGUCUUCAGAUACAUCUACCCAUAAUAACAGGCCUAAGAAAAAGAUAGUCAAAAAAACACGGAAGGUAAGUAAGGAGUUAGCCAGUAAAACAGAUGAUAUUGACAUAGUUGGCGAAAAAGGUAAAAGAACAAAACGAAUAAAUUAUAGAAACAAUAGAAAGGAUCUUAAAAAUAGAGGUCAAGAGUAUACCCGAGCAGAUGGAACAAUACGUUCUAAAAGGGAAAUUAAACUUAAUCCUUGUAUCGGAAAAAAAUGCGGCAAUGGCUGCCAGAAUGUACCCGAAGAACGAAGAUUGUCAUUGUUUCAUCAUUUUUGGAGUUUGAGUAGUGCUAGACAACGCGAUUGGAUUGUAAAUAUGAGCCGACGAAAUUCUAUCAAGAGAAAACGUUCAAAAGAUAGUGGGAAACGUUCUUUUUCGUACGAAUAUUACAUUAAUGAUAGCGAAGAUAGACGAAGAGUCUGUCAGCAGUUUCUACUUAACACGCUAGAUAUUACACAAACUUAUGUGCAUUAUACACUAACAAAUUCCAUUGAGGGAUCUGCAAAAGACGAUCUAAGAGGUAAAAUCAUACCUGCUAAUAAAACUCAGGAAACUACACGGCAAAGCGUUAUAAACUUCAUCAAGAAGUUGCCAGCCCUGCCCUCACACUACUGUCGAAAAGAUAAUACUACUAAACUUUACUUACCAGUUGAAUUUAAGAACCAAAAAAAUUUGUACCGUAUUUACAAAGGCGAGAAAACAUACGAGGGAAUAGACUAUGUCAGUGAAAAAGUGUUUUUAAACAUAUUUAAUACUGAAUUUAAUAUAGGCUUUCAUAUUUCUAAGAAAGAUAAAUGUCUCAAAUGUAUUAAAUUUGAUGCAGCAAACACUGAAGAGAGCAAAUCAGAAAAGAAAGACCACCUUAUGGAAAAGAAAGCUAGCAAGGAAAGUACUUAA